GUGCCAACCAGCUCCUGUUUUUCCUCCGUUCUGCUCGUUAGUCAGCUAACUGGAUUACUACUAGGAGCUACUACGCCUCUGCCAUGAAGCCAUGAAGGAACCGACUGCGCACAUGGCUCCCGUCGUCCACCGUUUCUUCCUCGUCGACGUCGUCGUCCUCUUCGCCGCGGCCGCGGCCGCUGCCAUCCCUGCGUCGGCCGAAGCGGCAGCGUCGUCGUCGCAGACCGACGCGCUGCUGGCGUGGAAGGCCAGCCUGGACGACGCGGCCUCGCUGUCCGACUGGACGCGGGCCGCGCCGGUCUGCACCUGGCGCGGCGUGGCCUGCGACGCCGCCGGCAGCGUUGCCUCGCUCCGGCUCCGGAGCCUCCGCCUCCGCGGCGGCAUCCACGCGCUCGACUUCGCGGCGCUCCCGGCGCUCACUGAGCUCGACCUCAACGACAACUACCUCGUCGGCGCGAUCCCGGCCAGAAUCUCGCGGCUGCGCUCACUCGCCUCGCUCGACCUCGGCAGCAACUGGUUCGACGGCUCCAUCCCGCCGCAGUUCGGCGACCUCUCCGGCCUCGUCGACCUCCGCCUCUACAACAACAACCUCGUCGGCGCCAUCCCGCACCAGCUCAGCCGGCUCCCCAAGAUCGCCCAUGUCGACCUGGGAGCAAACUACCUGACCGGGCUCGACUUCCGCAAGUUCUCGCCGAUGCCCACCAUGACGUUCCUGUCUCUUUUCCUCAACUCCCUCAACGGCAGCUUCCCGGAGUUCGUCAUCCGCAGCGGCAACCUCACUUUCCUCGACCUGUCGCACAACAAUUUCUCUGGGUCCAUACCAGACAUGCUGCCGGAAAAGCUCCCGAAUCUGAUGUACCUCAACUUGUCCUUCAACGCGUUCUCCGGUCAAAUUCCGGCGUCGAUCGGGAGGUUGACGAAGCUCCUGGACCUUCGGAUUGACAGCAACAACCUCACCGGUGGCGUCCCGGUGUUCCUGGGGUCGAUGUCGCAGUUGAAGGUUCUUGAUCUCGGAUUCAACCCGCUGGGCGGUACUAUCCCACCUGUUCUUGGCCAGCUCCAGAUGCUGCAGCAGCUCAGCAUCAUGAACGCCGAGCUCGUUUCAACUCUGCCGCCUGAGCUGGGAAAUCUUAAGAAUCUCACUGUCAUGGAGCUGUCCAUGAACCAGCUCUCCGGUGGAUUGCCGCCGGAGUUCGCCGGGAUGCAAGCAAUGCGGGUGUUCAGCAUUUCAACGAACAACCUCACCGGUGAGAUCCCACCGGCGUUGUUCACGAGCUGGCCCGAGCUCAUAUCCUUCCAAGUGCAGAACAACUUGUUCACCGGCAAGAUUCCGCCGGAGCUGGGAAAGGCAGGGAAACUGAUAGUGUUGUUCAUGUUUGGAAAUAGAUUAUCAGGCAGCAUACCCGCAGCAUUAGGGAGUUUGACAAGCUUGGAGGAUCUUGAUUUGUCAGAUAAUGAUCUGACAGGAGGUAUUCCACCUGAGUUGGGUCAUCUCAGCCAUUUGACAUUCCUGAAGCUGAGCCAUAACUCCAUUUCAGGACCGAUUCCGGGAAAUAUGGGAAACAAUUUCAAGAUGCAGGGAGUUGAUCAUUCGUCAGGGAAUUCCUCUAACAGCAGAUCUGGUUCGGAUUUCUGUCAACUGCUCUCCCUAAAGAUCCUGUACCUGUCAAACAACAAGCUCACUGGUAAGCUGCCCGACUGCUGGUGGAACCUGCAAAAUCUGCAGUUCAUCGACUUGUCCAACAAUGCAUUCUCAGGUGAAAUCCCUACAGUCCAGACGAACUACAACUGUUCUCUUGAAUCGGUUCAUCUUGCCGACAACGGCUUCACCGGUGUUUUUCCAUCAUCGUUAGAGAUGUGUAAGGCGCUGAUCACCCUAGAUAUUGGGAACAACAGAUUCUUUGGAGGUAUUCCUCCUUGGAUUGGGAAAGGCCUUCUGUCGUUGAAGUUUCUUAGCCUGAAAUCAAACAACUUCACAGGUGAAAUCCCUUCAGAGUUGUCGAAUCUCUCUCAACUUCAACUGUUAGACAUAAGCAACAACGGUUUGACAGGAUUGAUUCCCAAAUCUUUUGGCAACCUAACUUCCAUGAAGAAUCCAAAUACUUUAUCUGCUCAAGAAACAUUAGAAUGGUCUUCUUACAUAAAUUGGCUGCUUUACUCGGAUGGAAUCGAUACAAUCUGGAAGGGGCAAGAGCAAUUUUUCGAAAAAACAAUUGAAUUACUAACGGGUAUCAAUUUGUCAGGUAACUCAUUGUCGCAGUGUAUCCCUGAUGAGUUAACAACCCUCCAAGGCCUUCUAUUUCUGAACUUGUCAAGAAACCAUCUGUCAUGCGGCAUACCUAAAAACAUUGGUAAUACGAAAAAUCUAGAGUUCCUUGACCUCUCAUUGAACUAACUUUCAGGAGCCAUUCCUCCAAGCCUUGCUGAUAUAUCUACUCUUGACAUUCUAAAUCUCUCGAAUAAUCAUCUAUCAGGUAAGAUACCCACUGGGAAUCAACUUCAAACCCUCAGUGACCCAUCAAUAUACCACAACAAUUAUGGUCUAUGUGGCUUUCCAUUGAACAUUUCAUGCACAAGUUCUUCACUUGCAUCGGAUGAGAGAUUUUGUAGAAAAUGCGAGGACCAGUAUCUAUCCUUCUGUGUAAUGGCUGGAGUGGUUUUCGGGUUUUGGGUAUGGUUUGGAAUGUUCUUUUUCAGUGGAACCUUAAGGUAUGCUGUUUUCGGCUUUGUUGAUUGCAUACAGUGUAAGGUUAUGCAGAAGGUGUACUGUAUUAAUCAAUUUCUUUCAAGAGGAACUACUGCUUAGUAUCUGUAAGCUGUGGUUUCUUAAUGUA